GAAGGGGGCGCUUAUUCGAGGAGGCACUUAUUUCAAAUUGAAAGUGGGCGCUUAUUCGAGGGAGAGCGUUAAUUCGAGGGUUUACGGUACUCCCCCGAGUAUCCGCUGGGCAUGUGAUGCAGAUGAUUGCACUGUACGCGUUGCACAGUUUAGGUUCCUAUCCAGCAAAGUAUUCAUGAGUGUAUAUCGUAUUUUUUUCGUUCAACUAUGGUCGUGUGUAAGCACUGGAAGCGAAAAAAAAGGACUUAGAAACAAUCUGUUCUUUUCCAAAAGGAGGAUGUUGCAUUGUGUUUGUUAUUCCAAAUGUAACCAAUCGAUGACAUCAAUGACAUCACUGAAAUCAAUGUCACGCCAGAAGACAAUGAUUUGGUGCAUUCAGUUGCGUGCACAAGCGUCUGUGAAUACGGAAAUCAAAUAUCAUUGACCCACACAUCAAGGACCAUAGCGCUAAAGAGUCUAAAGAGCAUCUGAUAAGUCACGUUCAUCAAAAUGGUUCAAGCCGCUGGUUUAUGCGUAAUAGUGGGUUUUGCUUCCGUUACUUUAGCUUAUUCUUACGGUUCGACGAAGCAUCUGAAGGACAUCGUGCUUGGUAGAUGCUGGGAUUUCCAACGGCAGAAAGUGCAGGAGGAAGCCAGGAAAAACUGCUCGAAGAUUUGGGACACGUUUUACACGGCGUUUGCCUACAAGGAUCCGUGUAACACUACAUUCGAAGAUUAUAAGCCGUAUUUUGAUGAAAUUGGCAUGGAUAUAGUCAAGCCGAACAAGAGCCUCUUUUGGUCAGGAACUUAUAAAGAGGCGCACCUGUUCUCAGAUUUCGAUGCCAGGUUCACGACAUUGGAAGAUACAAUGGCAGGGUGGAUCGUAAACGGCUUGACUUGGUGUGGUACUGAAGCCAAUAAGACUGAUGGUAUUAAUUAUUCUUCCUGCCCGAACAUAACAACUGGUUGCGAUUACCCGACGCCAUUUUGGGGCCAAGCUUCGAAAAGAUUUGCAGAAAAAGCAAGGGGAAUUGUUCGUGUUAUGGUAAAUGGGACGCGGAUGGAAUCUGGGAAACGAAUUCCAGCUUACAGAAACAAUAGCUUCUUUGGACAAUAUGAACUGCCAAACCUUCAAGUGGAUCAGAUCAUAAGGCUCCUAAUCCUUGUGGUACACAACAUCGACGGUCCAGACCUAGAAACAUGUAAUAAUGGCUCGAUAAAACUAAUGCAAGAGGUUGCCAACAGACGGGGAAUAAAAACUACAUGUUUUGACGACCCAGAUACUGUUCGACAUCUUUUAUGCGCUGAUCACCCGACAUCUCGCGAGUGCAAGUUCCUGAACAAUGGAAUAAGAAAAAUACAGCCUGUAAAGGAAUGCAGUGGAACGUGGAAGCUAGUGGCCAUUAUUGCGCUGGUUAUUGUCGCCGCUUUCUGUCUGAUUUCAAUAGUUAUCGGAGUAUUCUGGGUAAAACGACCUAAAGAGAAUCAUGGUGCUUCUUUUAAUUACACAGAACAUAAAGAAGAUGCCUAAUAAAUUCCCUCAAAAAAAAGUUUCGCUUUCCACUUGAGCUAUUCAGCCACUUAACUUUACUAAAGGAACUGUUUAUUGCAUGGUAUCCGAGGGGGACUUCCAUAUGAAACAGACACCGUUGCUCGUCGGAAUUUUGAAAAUAACUCCUAAGAGGUACCAAGAUCCUGUUUUGUGGGCGUGGCUUAAAUUUUUU